AUGGGGAUCAUCUCCCAGUUGCGGCCGGGCUCCGAUUUAUCCAGGAUCACGCUGCCCACGUUCAUUUUGGAGAGAAAGAGCAUGCUGGAGCGGAUCACCAACCAGUUACAACAGCCAGACAUUGUUCUUGCGGCCCAUUCGACCGCGGACCCUGUGGAGCGGUUUUUGCUCGUGGUGAAAUGGUACAUGUCGUGUUGGCAUAUUGCUCCUAAGGCCGUGAAGAAGCCGUUGAACCCGAUUUUGGGAGAGUAUUUCACGUGCUACUGGGACCUUCCUUCCGGCUCGCAGGCGUACUACGUGGCCGAACAAACGUCGCACCACCCACCAAAGUCGUCGUACUUCUACAUCAUUCCGGACGAAAACGUCCGCGUGGACGGAAUGGUUGUUCCGAAGUCUAAGUUUCUGGGCAAUUCCACGGCCGCAAUCAUGGAAGGAAUAACCAAGCUGUCGUUCUUGGACAUUGUGGACGAGGCUUCCGGGGAGCCGGAGUACUACACAAUGACCCAGCCAAACAUGUACGCGAGGGGAAUUCUGUUUGGAGGCCUCAAGUUCGAGUUGGGCGACCAUUUGAUACUGCAAUGUCCACACAACAAUUUGGUGGCAGACAUCGAGUUCAAGACCAAAGGGUUCAUUUCAGGGUCCUACAACGUGAUCGAGGGAGAAAUCAAAGACUCCAAGACCGGCCACGUGCUGUACGAGUUGAGCGGAAAGUGGAACGAGGAGAUGUACAUCAAAGACACAAAGACCGGCAAAAAAUCGCUGUUUUUCGACUGCGAGCACAGCACGCCGCUCAAACCAAAGGUCAGAGACAUCUCUGAGCAGGGAACCUAUGAAAGUAGAAGACUCUGGAACAAAGUCACCACUGCUCUGGCCAGAAGAGACCACACAACUGCCACAGACGAGAAAUUCAAAAUUGAAGAGGAACAGAGAACCCAGCAAAGAAAGCGCGAAGAAGAAGGUGUGGACUUCUACCCAAAGUUGUUCAGACAGAUGACUGUUUCUGAAACAGCCCAGCACGGCAACGAGCACCUGGAGUUCAUCAUCUACAAAGACAAGGUUCUGAACAAGGACCUCAUGGCCCACGACCCUGAGGUUCUUAAGAAACACAUCUUUGAGAUCGCUCCGUUCCUCCCUGGCCAGCACUUCAACCCCGAGUUUGAGAUCCCGGCUUUUAAGAAGUCCUAG